AUGUCUGAUCAUCAAAAUGCCCCAGAUAAGGGUACUAGUCUGCGGGAUACCGUGGCCUCCAGUAAUCGCUACAUGCCGCAGGCUGGAAAAUCCACGGGAAAACACGACACCACGGGUGACAAACCUGACCAGAGGCUAGACACAGAUCAGGAUAGUCAGCAUCGAGACAAAGUUGCUGGAAGCAGCCAGUUCAUUCCUCAGGCUGGAAAAUCUGCGGGUAAAUCAUCGCUCUGA